GCCUCUUUGUUCCCAUUCCAAGAUGGCUGCGUCCAUGGCUCGGCGCUUGUGGCCUUUGUUGACUCGUCGAGGACUCCGGUCCCAGGGAGAUUGCAUCUCCAGCCAGAACCCAAGGAGGAGUUUCGCUACAGAGAAACGAAACCGGAACCUCCUGUACGAGCACGCGCGCGAGGGCUACAGCGCGCUCCCUCAGCUGGACAUGGAGCCUCUGUGCGCAUGCCCAGAAGAGGCGGCGCGCGCCCUGGACCUCCGCAAGGGGGAGCUGCGGCCGGCUGACCUGCCUGCGAUCAUCGCAGCCUGGCAGGAGCUGAGGCAGCUGCGGGAGCAGAUCCGGAGCCUGGAGGCAGAGAAGGAGGCUGUGACGGAGGCCGUGCGGGCGCUGCUGGUGAACCAGGACCACAGCCAAAUGCAGCAGGACCCUCGGUAUCAGGGUCUGCGGGCCCGCGGCCGGGAGAUCCGGAAGCAGCUCACGCUCCUACACCCCCGGGAGACGCAGCUUCAGGAGCAGUUCUACCUGCAGGCGCUGCGGCUGCCCAACCAGACCCACCCUGACACCCCCAUCGGGGACGAGAGCCAGGCCCGCGUGCUCCGUGUCGUUGGAGAAAAGCCAGCUUUCUCCUUCCAACCCCGGGGCCACCUGGAAAUUGGCGAGAAGCUUGACAUCAUCCGUCAGAAGCGCCUGUCCCACGUGUCCGGCCACCGCUCCUAUUACCUCCGUGGGGCUGGGGCCCUUCUGCAGCACGGCCUGGUCAACUUCACCCUCAACAAGUUGGUCUGCCGGGGCUUCACCCCCAUGACGGUGCCAGACCUUCUCCGAGGAGCUGUGUUUGAAGGCUGUGGGAUGACGCCAAAUGCCACCCCGUCCCAGAUCUACAACAUCGACCCCUCCCGCUUCGAAGACCUCAGCCUGGCUGGCACAGCUGAGGUGGGGCUGGCAGGUUACUUCAUGGACCACGCAGUGGCUGUCAGGGACCUGCCAGUCAGGAUGGUUUGUCCCAGCACCUGCUACCGGGCCGAGACGGACACGGGGAAGGAGCCGUGGGGGCUCUAUCGAGUGCACCACUUCACCAAGGUGGAGAUGUUUGGAGUGACAGGCCCAGGGCUGGAGCAGAGCUCACAGCUGCUGGAGGACUUCCUGUCCCUUCAGGUGGAGAUCUUGACGGAGCUGGGCUUGCACUUCCGGGUCCUAGACAUGCCCACCCAGGAGCUGGGCCUUCCCGCCUACCGCAAGUUCGACAUCGAGGCCUGGAUGCCUGGCCGAGGCCGCUUUGGAGAGGUCACCAGUGCUUCUAACUGCACGGACUUCCAGAGCCGGCGCCUCCACAUCAUGUUCCGGACGGAGGCCGGGGAGCUGCGAUUCGCCCACACGGUGAACGCCACGGCCUGCGCUGUCCCCCGCCUUCUCAUCGCCCUCCUGGAGAGCAACCAGCAGGAGGAUGGCUCGGUCUUCGUGCCCCCUGCCCUCCAGCCCUACCUCGGCACCAAUCGGAUCACGGCCCCCAGCCACGUGCCUCUCCAGUACAUUGGUCCCAAUCAGCCCCGGAAGCCCAGGCACCCUGGCCAGCCGGCUUCCAGCUGAGGACAUCCCCAUCACCAGCAGGGUUGUCACUGCUUCCUGGAGCUCCAGAGGCAUGGACCCCUGGGACCUCUUUUCCUGAAUCCUUGUGACACCUGAGUUACGCACGUCGGCCCCACACCUGGGCUCCAGGGUGGACCCUCCUCCUCCCUGCCUCCCUGAGGUGACCUGCUCCGCUGGGGGUCCCCGCCUGCAGCAGUAAGCAGGACGUCUGGGGAUGGGAGAAGCAGACUUCCUGCCCUCCCCCUUCCCCCCUCACUGCUGGGCAGAAAGCCCCCAAUAAAUGGUCAGAACAAAGGCCUCCGUGCAUCUGUGAGCAAGGGCCAUGCCUCUGGCCAGCCCUCCGGAGGUUCUGGGCAACUGCUGAGGGGUCCCAGUCAUCAGAGGGUCUGGAGCUGCAAGGGGCUUCGCCGCAAGUGUCCAGCAACCCUGGGGCACACACAGGGUGCCCUGAUGACCCCCGGAGGAGCUGUGAGGAGGCCGAGCUUGUCCCUGUUUCCCUAGGGCAGGCAUCUGUGGCCACCUUGAGCCCCAGCCUCACCCUCUGCCCCAGCCCAGGUGGGGUCGCAGCCUCACAGGCUCAGGAGCCCAGGCUGAGCCUCGGUCCCGCUGCCCAGC